AUGUCGCGAUUGCGACGUUCCCUAUCGCGUUCCGUACAUCAGUUGAGCUUAUCGCGUUCGAGCAGCCUGAACGGUUUAAUCGAAUUACCGACAAGCAGUUACACUACGUUAGUGGACAAAUUUGCUUCACCCGCAAAUUUCGAACAACUCCGUCACCUCGUACAGCACAACAAUGAGAUACUUCGAGAGGUUAUUGCCGCAUUUGAAGAGAAAGCCGCACUCGAUUUCCACUAUUCGAAGAUGUUGAAAAAGAUCUCAGCAAAUCUACAUAAGGCCACUCAUCAAGCGGAAAGUGAUAUCGACAAAGGAUGGACGUCCGUAGCCGAACAAUUCGAUGUGCAGGCCACUAUUCAUAGCAACUUGGGAUCAGCGCUAACCGAUGACGUCAUACAACCGCUUCGAUCGAUACAGAUCAGUGAGGCGAAAACGAUCAGAGCCGCUGCAAUAUUCGUGGAAAGAGAGGCAAGAAAACUAAAAGAACGAAAAGAUGCCACGUCUCGUACGAAACGGUUGUUAUACGAGUGCAGUAAACAGCUGGAGAAACUCGAGCAGGCGAAUGAUCAACAACAGACUGGGGAGAGGAACCAACUCAAGAAGAGACGAAUGGAGGAACAAGUUAAGAAGCAAGAAGAAAGUUACAUAUGGGAGACGGUCGAUCUCGAAAAGCAACGCAGAUUAACGGAAGGUGUGUUGCGAAAAGGUGUUGAAAGUUUGGAGGCGGUGGAACGGCAACGUUUGGCUCAUUGCCAAACCGCGCUCGGUCGUUAUCAGCGGAAAAUCGAGCAGCUCGGUCCGAAUUUGCAGCAGAUGUUCGAUAGACAUACGAAUAAUCUGGAUGUAGCUGUACAAGCCACCGCAAAUGAUUAUAUUGCCGGAAUUCAUCCAUCUACAGCGGCUGUAAAUCAUGUGAUGCUCACGGAUCUUUAUGCGGAGAAUUUCGGUGAAGUGAUGUGUGGAGCACGACGGAGAGCGGCAUUAAUUCGUGUCUCGAAUAUUCUCGACGCCGAACUACAACGAAUGUAUUCGCAAGGUCGAGCGGACACCCAAAUCUGUAACACUAGGCAAAUAACCCUGAUUGAGUUCAUUGAAUACCUUUACUACAAGGUAAACGAUGCGAUCAACUCGUUGGACGGUGGCCAACAUCGUGGUUACCAUCGAUUAGUACGAUUCCAACAUAAAACCAAAGAUAAAGCGGGUCUACCUACCACAGUGUUAACGAUACCUCUAGCCGGUGAAGAUCAAUCAUUACCACCGCCAUCGAUCUGUUCGGGGAAUAUGAUCUACGCGGCGCCGGUAACCACAUCACCACGCACGAGUGACGAAUACGAGGAGUACGAUAAGAUCUCUGACGAGGGCUUCUAUAACUCGUCCUCUCGACAGACUACCGUAAUCGAUGAACCGGCUACGCAUACGACACUCUGUCGUGUAUUGUACGAUUUCGAACCGAAGCAUGAGGAUGAAAUUCAGGUCCGUGCCGGCGAAUGCGUUGUGGUAGAGGAUCGAAUAGGUGACGAUUGGCUGAUUGGUCAUGUGAUCAGCGAAAAUGGAGUCGACUAUAAAACUGGCAGAUUUCCAACCUCUUAUGUAGCAUUUUGA